AUGACGUUGAUAUCAAGUAUUCAUGGUCUACUGUCUGGGACAAGUUGGCCACCAUAUGCGACCAUCCUGACUGCCGCGACUAUCCUGUGGAUUUCAUAUCAAGUCAUCUACGAAUUAUUUCUGUCCCCGUUAUCACCGUUUCCCGGCCCCUUCUGGGCUCAAUUCACCGAUUUGUGGCAUGUGGCCGUGAUAACAUUCGGCCAGGAGCACACAACAAUAUAUGCAUUGCACGAAAAACACGGUCCAGUCGUGCGGCUCGGGCCAAAUAAAUUGAGUGUCACAGAUGAGAUUGCGUACCGUAAAAUAUACAAUACAGCUGCCCCAUUUAUCAAAUCCAAUUAUUACGAUCCUUUCAAGCUACCUGGAGUACGUGACGUUUUCACUGAGCGCAACGAGAAUAUGCACGGCAAACUGAGACGGCCGAUCGCGACUACUUUCAGUUCCGAGGGAAUCAAGGAUCUCGAUGGAAACAUUGACGAGAUUUUGAAAAAGUUUAUUUCGCAGAUGGAAUUGUUUCAGGGGCAGAAUCUUGAUCUGGGGCAAUGGUUUGAGCGACUCCUUUUUGACUGUAUUUCGGAAAUGGCUUUCGAACAGAAUUCCGGUAUGCUCGACAAGGUUUCCGAGACCAACUUGUUUGAGUGGAUCUACGGAAUGCUUAGAGAGGCCCAUACGCUCGGUGCAGCACCCACGUUGUUUGCGAUCACAUCUUUCAUCAUGCGCUUCAUCGGUCCAAAGGACCCUACUGCCAAAUUCAAGGGAAAUGACAUCGAUAAACUUAUCGAUCGAUUCAUGGAGCAUCAGGAAAAAAUCAAGUCCAUCGGGCAGUCCCAGCGCAAUCUUGCUUCAAGAUUGCUCCAAGUGCAGGCUGCCAGCAAGAGCGAGGCCUUGACCGACAAGGAGUUCCGCCUUUUAUUGCAAGUCAUCUUAAUCGCAGGUACCACCGAUGCCGUUACCUGGCUCAAUUCAGUUUUCUACCAUCUCAUCCACAAUCCUGACAAGAAGGCGAAGUUGUUACAAGAACUCAGAGAAAAGCGAGUGCAGGGCCAGCUGGGCGAUGUGUGCACUUCACAGCAGGCCGCUACUUGCCCAUAUCUAAACGCUGUUCUUCAAGAGUCCCUCCGCCUCUACCCUUCCAACGCUGGCCUUCUGCCUCGUGAAACACCAGAGACGGGGAUCGAGCUCGCGGGCCAUCAAAUUCCUGCCGGCGUAACCAUCGGUGCACCAGCAUAUGUGAUCCAACGACUACCAAAUAUUUUCGGAGCUGACACGAAUUCUUUCCUGCCCGAAAGGUGGCUCGAGAACCCCAACGCUGAAAUGAAUCGAUUCAUCAUGGGCUUUGGGACAGGGUCGAGAACGUGCCUUGGUCGGACGGUGCGAUACAUCAGAACGACUUUUAUGCGCGAGUCAGUAAACGCACUGACUAGCUCCGAGGGACUUUACCUAGAUGCCUUUCAUGUUAACGGUCUAAUGUUGAAGGAUUUCAAGGCUCUUAUCUGGUUUUUGAGAGGCGCCAGCCCGUCUUAA